UUCCUCCCGACCUUCCCGCCUGCCGCGCCUCGGCCAUGGCUAGCCUGCUGCCGCGACCCGCCAAGGGCUACCGGGUGGUGCUGCUCGGGAGCGUGGCCGUGGGCAAGACCGCGCUGGCCACGCAGUUCGCCUGCGGCAGCUUCCCCGAGCAGUGCGAGCCGUCGGUGGAGGACCUCUUCAGCAAGGUGAUCGAGGUGAACCAGGCGCCCGCGCUGCUGGAGAUCGUGGACACGGUGGGCGCCGAGCACCUGGUCACCCUCAAGGACCUCUACAUCAAGAACAGCGACGGCUUCGUGGUGCUCUACAGCGUGUGCAGCGAGGCCUCCUUCGAGGCGGUGCGGCCGCUGCGGGAGCGCAUGGGCCGGCUGCGGGGCCCCAAGGCCGUGCCGCUGGUGCUGGUGGGCAGCAAGGCCGACCUGGAUGGCGAGCGCGAGGUGCUGACGGCGCGGGGCCGCGCACUGGCCCGCGAGUGGCGGUGCCCGUUCCUGGAGGUCACGGCCAAGAGCAAACUGAUGGUCGACCAGGUGUUCACGCAGGUGGUGCGCGAGAUGGAGGCGCUGGCCCCGCGCGUGGUGGAGGUCCCGGCCCCCCCGACCGUCUACCCAGAUACCUGGCCGUCGGAAAGGUUCAUCGGCUGACCGCCCUCCGGGUCUGGUAUUUGCGCCCUCUCGCGAUCUCUGCGGCUCAGCAGCAGUUCCCAGCUCUGAACAAGGUUAUCCAAGCGCCAGCGGCGGCUACUUCCACGUGUUCACUCCAACCCGUGUUUCCAGUUGUCUGCGGAUCUCAGAUACUUGGGGGACUCUUGCAACUUUGAUUGCACCCGACAGUGUGUAAGAAGAAAGCCUAUUUUUUUUUUCUGGUGUGGACGAGAGGUGCUAUCCCUUCUGGGAGCGGCGUUCGUUACCGGCCGUUUGAGUAAAACCUUCCCAGCUGCAUGGCCGCUUGGGCUCCAUGAGGACCGGAGCUGGCGCUGAGCCUGCGACCCCGGCUCACGCUGCCGCCCACAGCACGGCUCGGAGAGCGGCCUCGCAGCACGAGUAUUUCCCCUCUGCAAGCCUCUCAGUACCUCCCGACACACCCCUGGGCUGGGGGUGCUUGGGAGGGCGCAUCUGGGUGCCGGAGCUCCCCGCCUCACGCUGUAACCCGCCUCUCGCUGUAACCCCCCGCCUCUCGGCUACUCGCUUUGCAUCUGUGAAUUGAGUGAAAAUAAAACUGCUCUAG